CGCGACAACACCUUUCCUCGAUCGUGCCUGCCUGCCAGGUGGCCCGAAGAGCAUCCAGGUCAUUGUUCUGAUGGACUCUUUCAGGCGAUUUCCAUCUGCAUCCCAUCCACAACGCUUCCCCAUCCAUCCUCCCACGCUCCUCUUCCUCUCGCGGCAGUGAAUUACAUUUCUAGUCACAGGGCCAUCGCUAUUCCACGCUUCACCCUUUGCUUUCAGUAUCUCUUUCAACGCGACUAAUUCCGCUGGGCGGGUACUUGUCUGCGCUUCUUUCUUGUGACAUCUUUCCUCGCCUGCAACUACCAUGUCUCAAGUCGCCCAUACCUAUGGACCAACAUGCCGCCUGGCUCCGGCAGUCACCUUCUCUAGUUCAAUAAGUGACGACGAUAUACCACCUCUCAAGGCUCAGUUCUUCUAUGCCUCUCCCUCACCUAUCGACGAUCCUCUCUCUGCAGCACCUACCCCUGCCAGCUCUGAUUCCAAGUCAAUAAAACACACUCCUCGACCGUUCUCGGCGUACGACCAGAGCGCUCUGGAAGAAGCGUGGUUGGGUCUUGGUUCUGGAACAGACAAAAAGAAUCAACGGAGAGGCAAAUCAGCAUCUCCUGGCAAGGAGGAUCGGAAGGGUGGAGGGAAGAGAGCCGACAAAUCCUUGGGACACGAUUCCGGCCCUGAAUCACCACCGGAAGCUUGUGCAUGCAAAAGAAGUCAUUCAUUGUGCAGGAACGGCCGGAACAAGUGCGAUUGCCCAACAUGCCCUCAAAACUCUGCGUUCGCUGAGGCAUCUACCAGCACACGAGCAUCUCCCAAUGAAUUGGGCAAUUCCAACGAUUCCAAGGACCCAAAGUUGUCGACGAAAGGGCAAUCUUCCAGUCAAGCAAAGGAGGAAGACACCACCGAGGUAUCAAGGGCUCAGCAGUCAGACGUAGGCCAAGACCAAGAUCCGAGAGGCUCGAAACGUGGCAACGGCACGUCGAAGGGCAAACGCAGAGCUGAUCUCGAAGGCGUUGAGCCGGCUCGAGGAGACGGCGCUGAUGACGAAUCAAUCAUCACGGAGUGCUCUGAAUUGGUGGACAACAAGGAGCACGCGAGUUCUGAGAACCGUGAAGGCUCCGAACAAGACUUUUGCCCUGAGUUACAAAACGAUGCAUCUCAAACAAAACCUGCAGAGACCACCGACAAGCACGCUGAGCCACAACCAGUCAGCUCGGAUCGGUAUGGCAAGAAGUCUUCUAAGAAACCAGGCAAGGUCACCAUGGCUGAAACUGAUAUCAACAUCCCGAAGAGCAGAUCUUCGAAAAAGAAAGAUAAUUCUGAUCUUUCACCCCAGUCUUCGGAUGUUAUGCCAAGCAAUGCUCCUGUCCAAGGCGGCGAUGCUGGGACGACAGGUUUGCCAUUCGUGAAAUUGCCAUCACGUGAAAAUAGCCCCCAGCCAUCAGAACACGACUGCGGCGGAUCCAAAACAGCCAGCGAGGGACGCCGUAAUGCUGACAGAAUCCCUCGACGGUCCAACGAGCGAGAAUCAUCUGAGACGGAAACUAUACAAGUCCAUGGAUGCAAGGCACAUAAAAACAUCAAGGAUCAAGUGGAUGUCCCUGUGGGAGUCUCGAGACUACAUUUGGUUCAGCUGCCUUCUUUGCAGAUGAAGCCUAUUUACUGGUCGCCAGUCCAUGAUAUAUGUGCCGUCACUCGAGGUACUUGGUUUUACAAAGACACAAUGUAUCCUGUGGAACCAGCGGUAGCCAAUCAGUUGGAGUCUGGAUACAGAGAACUCAGACCAUGGUCCCAAACAUGGAAUGAUGAGCUCAACAGUGCCAUCGAGGUUGGUGCAGCUGGUGAGGAGAAGAUAGCACAUCGCCUCUGGCCAGAAGAUGCAAAGCAGAAACCCAGCUCGCACAAAGGCGCAGAGCAUCACCCUCUGUCAAACGAUCCGUACUGUGCUGCGAUUUGUUUACAUGGAGAAGCGGCUGCCGAAGGAUCCAUCGAUCCUGAUGAUGUGGAUAAGAAAACCUCGGGCCCAAAUGCCAUAGUGAAGAGGUAUUCUAAGUCACAAGUUAUCUACAAGGAUGCUCACAAUGCGUUCAUAUUGAAGACAAAUCUUCAGCCUUCAGCAUAUUACGGCCGAAAGCCACUGCAGAAGAUCAGAAGGGGCAACACCGUCGGUAUCCAUGUCGUCAGAGGAUUUGACUGGAAAGCCUGGGAGAAGCUUCAUCUUUCCAAAAAGACGACUGCAUCGAAAAAGGCGGAAGAGAAUGCAUCCAUCUCUGGUGAUGCAGAUGCCAGGAAAGGGAACGCUUGUGCGGCUUGCAGAGCACAGGAAGAGCGAUGCAGCGUCACGGAUCUGAUCUUCGUCAUCCAUGGGAUUGGCCAGAAACUUUCCGAGAGUAUGGAGAGCUUUCACUUUACUCAUGCCAUCAACGCAUUCCGGCGAUCGAUUAAUGUCGAACUUGAGAAUGAAGCCGUCCAACGUGUGCUUAGAAAGGACCUCGGUGGAGCUAUGGUACUGCCCAUAAACUGGCGAUCCAGAGUGUCCUUCGAUGAAGCUGCGCCGAAGAAAACCGGUGACAAAAUCGGAGAGGGUGUAGAUUUCUCUAUGAAGGACAUAACUCCAACAACAAUCCCAGCUGUCAGAGACUUCAUCGAAAAGGUUAUGCUCGAUAUCCCGUAUUGGAUGUCCAUUCACAAGCCGAAAAUGAUACAAGCAGUCAUCAGUGAGGCCAAUCGAGUAUACCGCCUAUGGUGCAAAAAUAAUCCCGAGUUCCACAAUAAAGGCAGGGUCCAUAUCAUUGCUCAUUCGCUUGGCAGUGCUAUGGCCCUCGACAUUCUGAGCAACCAACCAACAUCUCUUCCGAAGUUCGACCCAAAUAGCAAGAAGAUGAACAUCAAGUGCUUCGAUUUCCGAACCACCAACCUCUUCUUCUGUGGUAGCCCAGCGGGUUUCUUCUUGUAUCUCGAAAAGGGUUGCCUGCUCCCGCGGAGAGGUCACAAUAAACCUGGGGCUGAGUAUGGUGAUGAGCAGGACAAAGCUAUUGUCGGUAAUGUCGGCACAUUUGGGUGUCUGGCGGUGGAUAAUGUGUACAACAUCAUACAUCCUGAAGAUCCUAUUGCCUAUCAAAUCAACGCCACCGUCGAUCCUCAGUAUGCAGCAAGCUUGAAAAGAGCACAGGUUCCCAGUGCCACGACCGGUUUCUUUGAGAGCAUUGGUAACGCUGUGAUGUCAAUCGCAGGCGCUUCCUCUUCAACCGAUCUUCCAGUUGGACAGAUUCCGAAACCGGCAGGGAUGAACCGCCUCCCUUCUCAGUUGGAGAUGGAGGUGCACGACUUCACGCGUGAAGAAAUAGCCGAGAAAAAGUUUGGACGGUUGAAUGAUAAUGGCCAGAUUGAUUACUUUCUAUGCUCAGACUCAGGCCCUCUCAGCUUCCAGUAUAUCAACAUGCUGAGGGCGCAUAGCUCUUACUGGGAAAGCCCUGAUUUCGUCAGACUGGUGGUGGUUGAGGUCGGACGGAGACCAGGUCGCAGCCACUGCCUACCGAGCAUGAAGUCUGCCAAGAUUGGCCACAAAGCACAAAAGGGGAGUUGAAUAAUCAGAAAUUGAGAGGCUCUACCGAUUGUAGAUCUAGAAGCUGGAGAAUGGCAAAGUGGCGGUACAUUGGGGGUGUCUGCGGUUCGAGAGAAAUCGAAAUUGUGAGCUGCUGUGUCGGCAUUGUUUCUGGAGCAGACAGAGCCGAGAGAGCUAAAGACCUAUGAUACCCACACCUAGAGACGAUAACAAUGAAUAAUUAACCUUGAAGCGGGGUGUGAUGGUUGGUAGCCAUUCUCUCUGUAACUUUACUUCCGUGUGGAAGAGAUAUGUACUUUGUGUCCCUGGUUACCGAGGCCUCUAACCCCU